UGAAAAUACAGUUGAUGAUUUAAAAAUUUAGUAAAUCCGGUUUAUUUGCUGUAUUUACCCUACAAAGAGACUAGAAAAUGGCUACACCUGCUGUACAUGUACAUAGAUCACCAGGCAAGUUCCAAGGUUGUGGCAGGGAAUAAAGCUACAAGCCAACAGACAGUGUCAGCAUCUAGUCAGAAAAUUACAAAAGACGCACCACCUAGUACACUAGUCAAAGGCACAAAACUACUAGCCAAGUACAACUAUAAAGCUAACAAAGACAGUCCACUUGGCGAAACAGAACUUUCCUUUAAGCAGAAAGAUAACCUGAUGUUUCUGAUGGUCCAUCCAGACAACAGCCAUUGGUGGAAGUGUCAGAAUGAGCAGGGAAUGAUGGGAUACGUUCCUGGGUCAUACCUCUAUGUUGUCACAGAACAACCAGCAGGGUUGCCAUGGCUGCAGGGCAAAAAAGAAGAGGAAGUUGAAAAUAAACCAGACGCAAACAACAGAUUUGGAGCUCCUCCUCAAGGUUCAUUCAAGCCUUAUGUGUCCGCAUACAAUCGUAAUGACCAAGAGAGCAAAGACCUUAAACUAAAGGCAUACUAUUGUGCUGUAUGUGAAAAACAACUGAACGGACCUCAACCUUACAACGCACACAUGAACAGUAAGGCCCACAAAGAGGAGGUGGAACUUGCUGAGCAUUACGCUAAUAAAUAGACAACUGAAAAGAAAAACAAACAGUUCAUAAGCUAACAAGCAAUGGUUUAGUUAGUAAAGUAAAUGAGAACUGAUAACUAUUUCAGCAAGUGCUGUUUUUACAUGAGGUUAAACUUGCCAAGCAUUAUUCAAACAAUUAAACAACUGAAAAGUUAAACAAAAACAAACAGUUAAGUUACUAUAGUAAAGUAAGUGAGAACUGAUAGCUAUUUCAGGAAGUACUGUUUGGUGAAAUAUAUAUUAGGUGCAACUUGCUGA